AUGAUUUUCGACUCCAAGUUGCCUCUUCCCCCGGUGCCUUCGUGCGACGCCUUCAACUAUAUAUUCCAUCAUGGACGGAGGAAUUAUUCCACCGACCGAGUGCUGUAUCGCGUCGAUGGCUCCGAUGAGACCUUGACACUCGGAGAACUCGAGCAGAAGAGCAGGCAGUUCGCCGAUGCCAUUCGCGAGUACUACGAUAUCGAGCCGAAUGAUGUCGUCGCUAUCCUUGCCAAGGACAAGAUCCAAUACCCCAUUGCCUACUAUGGAAUUCUCGCCGCCGGUGCUGUGGUCGCUCCGAUCCCCGUGCAGAAGGAGAUAUCGGAAACCGACGUGGCCGCUCGUCUCGAACAAUCCAAAGCCAAAUUGGUCAUCACAGAUUCAGAUCUGCUCCGCCUUACCGAAGUUGCAUCCAUGCUGGCUGGCUGUGUCUCAGUGAUGACCCUGGAUGCCAACGACCAGAACUGGCCUUGUGUUGACUCCCUCCUCCCUUUGGGGAACCCCGAUGCCCGCAUCUUUGAAUUGAAGACCCCAGAAGAAGUCGACCAGCACAAUGCCUUCAUCAACCGGACCAGCGGUUCAACAGGCACCAUGAAGUCCGUCCUCACCAGCCACGCCCACUACAUUGCCACUAUGGAGGCCACGGUGGGGACCAUCCCCGCCGAUACAGACCCAGAUCGGGAUGUGUGGGUCUCUCCUCUCUCGCUGGGUUUCUUCAUCAACGCAAAGCUUCACAUGGGCCUGAAUAUUCUCCUGGGUAUCCCAGUCGUUCUUAUGAAGCACACUCUUGACGAAACCACGGUCGACGUCGUUGCCCGUCACCACAUCACUUUCCUCUUCAUCACACCACCCAUUGCUGCCCGUCUUGCCCGUGCCGAUCUUCGUCACAUCGACGUCUCGAGCGUCAAAUGGCUCUUGACUGCCGGUGCACCCAUGCACGAAAACCUGCGUCGCACCGUCUCGCGCCAGUUCGGCGGCGUGCACCUCACCCUCGAGUGGGCCACUUCCGAGACCAUGCUCCUGGCCAUGCAAGUAGACAAGUGCUCCAAACAGCCUGGUUCCAGCGGCACACUGGUCAACGGCAUCCAAGCGAAGGUGAUCAACGUCGAGACGGGGCGUGAGUGCAGCUACGGCGAAGAGGGCGAGAUCCUGGUGCGCAACGCCAUCGCCCGGUUCAAGGGGUACAAGGACAACGAAGUGGCGAACCGCGACUUCGACUCCGAAGGCUGGUUCCACACCGGUGACUACGGAUACCUGGACCAGAACUGCAAUGUCUACAUCGUGGAUCGCAUCAAGGAACUCUUGAAAGUCGGCGAGGGCUACGGGUCUCACGUGUCUGCCGCCGAGAUCGAAGCAAUCCUCUUUGAACACCCCGCUGUGUCGAGCGUGGUGGUCGUUGGAGUCCGUAACGCCGAGACCCAAGUCGACGAGCCCACGGCCUUUAUCAUCCCCAAGCCCGAGUACCGCAGCAAGACUGCCCAAGUCACCCGCGACGUCGAACGAUACGCCCGGGCCAAGCUCACCGGUCUGCGUCGCUUGACUGGUGGUGUCCACUGUAUCGCUAGCUACCCUACAACCGGCUUCAAGAUCAACCGGAGAGCUCUGAAGUCGAUGGCUCCGCCCAAGAUGCCGAAGAUGCCAACUGUUCCUUCGUGUUUGCGGCCAACUAUGUCUGCCAUCUCGGCUAUACGCAUGGUUUGA